AUGGGUUCCAGCGGAUCAUCAAGCAGCCCUGGAGCCUCCCCUCCACUUCCGUCACGCAGCAAGGCGAAUGGAUACACGAGUCUUGUCGUGGCACCCGCCCAGUCGACCGCAAAUCUCCGCCAGGCCCAAGUCCAAAUGCUCCAAUUCGAGAACGACACCCUCAAUUGGCUCACUUAUGAGUCCGUUUAUGACGAUGACAAGUACACUCAUACGGAUGAAGUGCGACCCAUGGGCUUUUACAAUAUGCCUCUCAGCAAUCUGAGAAUCAUCGCCGCUAGCAAUGUCGUCGAUGGGGACACAAAGUUGAAUUCCUUGUAUGGCCAUUUUCUUCCCCUCGGAGUCGUUGUCAAACAAGAACCUGAGGCUGCUGCUCUACAGACCGUGGGACUCUAA